AAAAAGGUAGACACUUUAGAAAAUGAAACAAGUGAAGAAAUUCAUACGCCUCCACCUUAUAAGAGAAGAAAACUAACAAAUUCAGCAGGAAUUGAUGUUGAGGUGAAUAUUUACAGAGACAUAAGUAACGGAAGAACCGUAAUUACCAAAAUGCCCUCAUUAACUGAUUGUGAUGAAACAGCUGAACCCAGUGAGUCAAGAGACGUGUUGCUUUUAUUCAAGUUUAACAACCAUGAUCUCCCUUUUGAAUUAAAGGAAAUAAUCGUAUCAGAUUUAAGAUUAUUGACUCUUCUAGAAGCUGGACUUCCAUCUUGGGUAAUUUUCUCCCAAUCUUACCCUGUUUUUUGCCAUAGUUAUCGACCAUGGAUGUGCCCUUUAGCAAGAGCUCUAUAUGUCAUCAUCUCCAUUGUUACAGUUGUCAUUGGUUUCUAUGAUCUUUACAAAAAUGUUCCUGUGCUUAAAGCAACUGCUUCACGAUUAUGUGGGCCACUUUUUGAUUGGAUUGAAACGUGAGAAAUGGUGUCGAGGAUUAAGUAUUUAGGGACGAUGCUUUUUUGCAUAAUU